AUGGCCGCUGCUGCCAACCACCACCUCCUCCUCCUCUUCUCUCUCUCCUUACUUUCUCUAUCCACCGCACCACCACCACCCUCAGAAACUCAAUCCCUCCUCAAACUAAAACUAUCUCUCAAUAACUCCGACAAAAACUUAGCCUCAUGGAUCCCAAACGUCUCUCCAUGUUCCGGCACAUGGAUUGGCGUCAUCUGCUUCAACAAUGUGAUCACCGGCCUCCAUCUCUCUGACCUCGGCCUCUCUGGGACAAUAGACGUCGACGCUAUCUCCGAGAUUCGCGGCCUAAGAACACUCAGCUUCGUCAACAACUCUUUCUCAGGUCCAAUCCCGCAGUUCCACAAACUCGGCACCGUCAAGUCUCUUCUCCUCACGCAAAACAAUUUCUCCGGGCCUAUUCCACCGGACUUUUUCUCUCAUUUAUCAUCCUUGAAGAAAAUAUGGUUCUCCAAUAACAAAUUCUCCGGCGACAUUCCGGUUUCUUUAACCGAACUCGACCUUCUCAAAGAGCUUCACCUCGAAGGAAACCAGUUCUCCGGUCAGUUACCGAACCUCAGACAAGAUAUCAAAUCAUUCGACGUUUCGAAUAACAAGUUAGAAGGUCCUAUUCCAGAAGGCCUGUCCAAAUUCAGUGCAGCUUCGUUUUCUGGAAACGGUGGUCUGUGUGGAAAACCGUUGGAAAAACAAUGUGUCGCUUCAUCUUCCUCCGAGUAUUCUCUACCAGAUAACGUAACAGAAAAUGAUUCUGGAUCUGAUUUGCCGUUGAAACUGAUAAUGAUUCUGAUAGUGGCAGUUAUAGCAGCGGUUAUAUUUAUGUUAGUCAAGUCUCGACAACGAAAACGGGACGAUGAUUUCAGCGUCCGAGACUCCAGCGUCGAAGAAGUCAUGCAAGUGCACGUGCCGAUAAAUAGAUCUUCGUCUGCAUCCGAGAGAGUCGGGAGAAGGAACGUGGGAGAAUCGGCGAAAAGAGGAGGAAUGGGGGGUGGGACUAGAAAUGGGCUAGGUGAUCUUGUGAUGGUGAAUGAUGAGAAGGGUUCAUUUGGUUUACAGGAUUUGAUGAAAGCUGCUGCUGAGGUAUUGGGGAAUGGCGGAUUGGGAUCGGCUUAUAAAGCUGCGAUGGCGAACGGGAUGAGUGUCGUUGUGAAGAGGAUGAGGGAGAUGAAUAAAAUCGGUAAAGACGUGUUUGAUGCUGAGAUGAGACAGUUUGGGAGGAUUCGACAUGCUAAUAUUUUGACUCCUUUGGCUUAUCAUUAUAGGAGAGAAGAAAAGCUUUUUGUUACCGAGUACAUGCCUAAAGGAAGCUUGUUAUAUGUCUUGCACGGUGAUAGAGGAUCGUCUCAUGCGGAGUUAACUUGGCCUAUCCGAUUAAAGAUUGCUAAAGGAAUCGCGAGAGGUUUAAGCUUCCUAUACAACGAGUUUUGCACGUAUGAUUUGCCUCAUGGAAACCUGAAAUCAAGCAAUGUUCUAAUAAACGAUGAGUAUGAGCCUCUGUUAAGUGACUAUGCUUUUCAACCACUGAUCAACCCGAGCAUUGCAGUGCAAUCAAUGUUUGCAUACAAAACACCAGAUUACGUUCAAAACCAGAAGCUUACGCAGAAAGCCGAUGUUUAUUGCCUUGGAAUCAUCCUUCUUGAACUCGUAACGGGAAAAUUCCCUUCUCAAUAUCAUACUAAUGGUAAAGGUGGGACUGAUGUUGUUCAAUGGGUUCUCACAGCGAUUUCUGAUAGAAGAGAAACUGAAUUGAUUGAUCCUGAGUUACAAAAGAAUGCAUCAAAUUCGAUGAAUAAUAUGCUCCAACUUCUCUUAAUUGGUGCUGCUUGUACCGAAAGUAACCCAGAACAAAGAGUACACAUGAAAGAAGCUAUUAGAAGGAUAGAGGACAUACAACUCUAA